ACUAACAUUCCGGUUGCCUAUUUCUGUUAACUUGCUACAGCGAUCGAUCGAAUUUUGAGCGGAAAUGUUUUUAUUUCUGAGAUUCGUUAAUAGGAAACGACCCUUUGGGCCGAAACAGCUGAGAAGGAUAUCGCAAGAUUCAUUGAACUUUCUACAGAAAUAGGACUGGCAACAAAAAGGUUAAAACGAUUGGGGCCAAAGUUUCGGAAACAUAAAAAACGGUGAAACGCAUCGGCUCGAGAACCAAUUCUUUGAUCCUCGUGAGGAACAGCAAAUUAACCGUACCCCAGUAUCGAGAGUUCUGCCGAAGCUUUACCGAGGAAAACCAUAUGCAAAUGUUCUGCGGUAUUCCUGUGUUCAGCUGGGUCGAUACAGGUUGGUUAUGAUAUGGCCAGAGAAUUGAUUCCCAGCUUGCAACCACUUUCUCCAUUAGAGCAUCCUGGAACUUCUUGUAGUACUUUCAUCAAGAGUGAUAUUAAGUCAAGUCGUAGCCCACAAGUCAUUGAUCUCACAAGUGAAGGCUCUUUAACAACUAUGGCACAUCAGCCAUUGAGGCAUAUGCCUCCUUAUCCAGCUCAUCCUCAUCAUUCCUCAGCCUUUCACAGAGUUAAUAAUCUGCCUGGUCAUCCACCCUCAGAAAGUCAUGGGAGUUCAUCAAGUCAUAGCUGCCCCUUUCUUCAUCAGCAACAGCAGCAGCAGCAGCAACACCAUCACUCUUCACACAAUAGAUUUUUCCAUCCAUCAACAAACAACAAUUUCUGCCCUCUCAGUAUGGGAUCUACAGUUCCUUUACAACAUCACCCACCCCAUUCUGGACCACCAGUUCUCAUCGAUGUGGAUCAAAUACCUGAUCAUGUCAGAGCAGUACCAGUAACAAGCCUACCAAACUCUUUGCUAGUUGCAGGUGUCCCUGUUGCAGCGCCAACAUACAUUCAACCUCACCAUUCUCCAAUGGAUGUUGAUGGCAGAGGAAGUAAUGGAGUCAGUACACACCAUCAUCAUCAUUAUCACCACCAUCACCACCACCACCAUCAUCAUAUCGUGCAGCCUCCUUACCAAGUUCCACAGCCACAGGCAUACCACCCAUACCCUACACCUGGAAGUAUGCACUACAGACACUACCGAAGAUGGCACCACAACAACACAUCUCAUCCAGGUUGGCCUUCCCGGCGUGCUCACCGCACACCUCCACCACCACCCCCUCCUCCUGUGCACUCUGGUGUACAUCCAUACCCUGAUUUACUCUAUCAUUUAAUAUCUGUGAUGUCCAUACAGCAGUUAGCAACACAGCCAACUCCUGCUGCAUGGGAAGAAGAACUUCAUCCACGUGAAAACUAUGAGACCCUCCUUAACUUUGCAGAGCAAAUGGGAGAGGUAAAACCUAAAGGAUUGUCACGUGUUGAAAUCGAUCAGCUUCCCACAUACCGUGUAACAGCAGGAGCAAAGGAAGAAGCUGAGGAAAAACGAUGCGUGGUUUGCUUGGUAGACUUCGAAGAGAAACAGCUUGUCAGAGUAUUGCCUUGUUUGCAUGAGUAUCACACAAGAUGUAUUGACAAAUGGCUCAAGUCAAACAGAACAUGUCCCAUUUGCCGAGCAGAGGUUAAUGUCAAUACAGAUUAAAGUGAAGAGUUGAAAAAUGGAUUUAAGGGAGAUGUACCCUUAAUGAAGAACAAAAGAGGUAGCAGCUGCAAUAAAAUUUGGGGUCAAGAAAGAUGGCUUAACAUUGAAAGGCCUUCAAUUGUAAAAAGCUAUAAAAUCUUAAUUGCUAUGUAACCGCAAUGUGUUCCAUGAAUGAAAGGUGCAAUAAUGCAGACUUAUGCUAUAUAUUUGGAAGUGUUGAGACAAAAUUGAGAUAACCAGCUUAUGCUGACAUAGGAACAGUUGUAAACAUUGUGGCUAUCAUGAUGUUGAGCCCUUUAUACCAAUACAAGGAAAUAAAACAAUUUAUUUUUAGCUUAUGGAAUACUCCAACCCUUUAAAUUCUAGGGAGAAAGUCAUCUGAGAAAAAGUGAAGCAUUUAUGCAAAACAUUGAAAUUUGUUGGUGCAGAACGAAAAGGAAUUUUAUCUGGAAAUUUUUCUUGCUUUAUGCAACAUAGUCAAUACUUUCAUUUUUGAAUUGAAACUACACAGGUCAGUCAUAUCUCUUACUGCCAAAUACAUGGCUUUGUGACCCAUAUUUUGAACAUGUCAGUGGAAAUGCAGAUUGGUAAAAACUAUGUGUUAGCUUGAUGCUGCUAAGAAGUGAUGAAACAGUUUUUGUUUUCAAUCUCUUGACCUUAAAGAUCUAAGAAUUUCUCUGUCCUAAGGAGUAUAUUGAGAAACCUAUUUUUCCUUAUGAGAAUUAGCAAUUCUGUUUUUUGGAUUUAGGAACUUUUCAGAUCAAUUGAGUAUAGGUGGGUUUUCUCUUCUCUGCUUGCAUGUAUUCAUUUUGGUAAAUGAAGUCCAUGGUUCACCUGUUGUUCCAUUUAAGUAGUUUUGAAGAGAACAGUUCAUUUUUUUGGUUUUUAAUCAUGGUAAGGUAUCUCAUUACAAUUUCGAUGGAAUAGAAAACUUGCACAACUUUCGUAUUACACAAAAGAUAUUAAAACCAAGGUCAGAUAAAUUAAUUGGGCUUGAUUGUGACCAUUGAGCAUAAUGCUGGAAGAAGUAUUGUACUUAAUGAACAUACACAUCUUAACCUCUCUUUUUCUCUGACUUUCAUGAAGUUUCCAGGCAACACAUUGGAAAUGCUGUCUCACUUUUCAUUACUUUGGCUAGUAGGCAAAGACAUGUCAACAGAUGGCUUGUUACUAUUCAAGUUCUUGCUAUGCGUGGUUGCCUGGGCACUGUGAGAAUUAAAAUUUGCUUUUAAAGCUUGCACCUUAAGUCUAGUUAAAUUUUGACCUCAGCCUAAGUAAAUCUCAAAGUUUUGAGUGUAAUUUAUCUGACCUCUAUCAUAAUUAGCCUCAGUGUAAUUGUUUUGUAUUUUUAGUGUUCUAAAGAGUUACUUUAAAUGGAGCAACACCUAUUUACCUUCCCAAAAUACGAACAUUUUACUAUCUCAUAUUAUUUUGUUACCUGUGAUAAACAGAGAAUUGUACUUUGCUCAUUCUGUUUCAAAACAGAAACCCUCUCAUACCAAAGCAAUUUGUAAAUAAAGAAUGGCCAUUGAGUAAGACAUGCUAGGUAUGAAAACUAAAAGUGGGAAAAAUAAUUUUUAUAAAGUAAUGUCACAUACAUAUAGAUAUAUCCUGCUGUUUUGUACAAAAAAGUAUAAGUUACCAUGUGCAUGGGGAUGAAUGUGGCUGUGAAAGUAAACAAAAGUUGAGAGAAAUAUACUGAGCAAAAGUUGCAUUACUGAUUUUAUUAAAAGGAAUUUGAAAAAUGGCAGCCAUGAAAGGUCAAUGUACAUGAAACAGCAAUAACAAAUAAAGAUAACUUUUAUGACAA